AAAUCAGUGUUGGAGACUGACGCGGAAGAAGAAUCAGCCUCGGAGAAGGAAGAAGAAACCCAAAAUGAAAGCGGCCCCCCCCUCCGGCUGGCUUCACACUUGUUGAACCGCGUUUAUCUUCGACCCCUGCGGCGGGGUUUGGGGCGUUCUCCCGCCCGGUUUCUCGUGCCUUCCUCCCGGGUCUGGAUGUGCUGGUUUUAGGCUUCAUGGCUGACUGACUGACUGACGCUUUGGCUGACAAUAAUAUCAUUCAUCCAUUUCCACGGGCUUCAAACUGCCGCGGACACACUCGGCAUCCGGCUUUCAGCUUUACUGGAUCGAUAUUUCAUCUUUUAUUCAUCCAGCUUCCCAAGCGGGGAAGCUCCGGGAAUCUGCCCGAGCACGGAGCCCUCCCCUCCGUGCAGCGCCGCUGGGUGGCACCGCUGUCUCCGGGCGGAGGGACUCUGAUCUCGGCGUGGUGGACGAUCUCUCCACCGUGAGAAGACGACGUCGAAAAAAAAGGCUUUAAUCGAGCGCCACUGCCUCCCCGGAUCACCCGCUGUAUGUUUUAGGAAGGUGGACACACGAUUAAUAUUUCAGGAGUUGGAUAAUUAGCUAGCUUGCUAGGGGGGGCGGGAAUCUCCGGGAGACACGCCGGCCGCAGCGCCCUCUCCGCCGGGCAGCACCGCUGGGUGGCACCGCUGGGUCCAGCCGGUGGAAUGACUCUCCACCGGGGGCGGGCGACGUCACAUUAACCAGAAAACGACUCUUGUUUUGGAUCACUCGGUCGUGACCUGGUUGCCUACUCUGUAUUUUUGGACCUGGAUAAAGCUUUUGAAGCGGGGAAAGCUCCAGCACACACACGCCGAGGCACGGCGCCCCUUUUCCGCCGGGCUGCGCCGCUGUGUCCGGCCGGUGCGAUGUCUCGCCACUGGGGGUGGAAUACUUUCUAGAGAUCCAGGCUUUCCUGCACCAGAGGUGAACUAGCCAGCCCCUGUGUUGUCGCCCUGCCGUCGGUGAGAUUGUGUGAGGUUUGGUAGGAGGACAUGGCCGACUCCGGCCGGGCCAGACCGGCGGACCCUGAUGCCGGGGACCACCGGACAGCGAGCCCUCUGACCGUGAAGAAGAGGGCGCAGCAGUCUCCCGGUCUCCGGCCCAAGUACCAGAGCUCCGCACCGGGCCACUGCCUCAAGAAAGUCACCCUGACCAAACCCACCUUCUGCCACAGCUGCAGCGACUUCAUCUGGGGGCUCAUCGGCUUCCUGUGUGAAGUGUGUAACUUCAUGUGUCAUGAGAAAUGCCUGAAGACGCUGCGUUCAGUUUGUUCCUGCAUGACUCCAUCUUUGGUCCGGGUCCCGGUGGCUCACUGCUUCGGCCCGGCGGGUCAGAAGAAACGUUUCUGUUGCGUCUGCAGGAAGCAAACGGAGGGAAACACGGCGCUGCGCUGUGAAGUGUGUGAGCUGCACGUCCACGCUGACUGCGCUGCCUUCAGCUGCGCAGACUGCCGCAGCAGUCACCUGGACGGGACCCUGGAGCAGGUCGGUAUCACUCUUCAGCCGAUACGUUUUCACCACCACUGGAGGGAGGGCAACCUGGCGUCAGCGGCGAGGUGCGAGGUGUGCCGGCGUUCCUGCGGUUCGUCUGACGUCCUGGCUGGAAUGAGGUGUGAGUGGUGCGGCAUCACGAGCCAUGCGGCGUGUUACCUCAGCGUGCCGCCAGAGUGCACUCUGGGACGUCUGCGCUCCAUGCUGCUGCAUCCGGCCUGCGUCCGCCUCGACUCCAGAAACUUCAGCAAGAUGCACUGCUACCGCAUCGCAGAGACCUGCACGCAAGACCUGGAUAACUCCGAUGACGUUGAGCCGUCCGUUGCUGUGUCUAAAGACGGUCAGCCGGCUGCUCCAGAGUCAGGGAAGCAGUUCCUUAAGGUGUUUGAUGGCGAUGAUGCAGUCAAGCGCGGCUACUUCCGAUUGGUCUCCAUCAUUCGAGCCACGAGGAAUGAGGAAGUGGUGGAGGCAGCUCUGAGGGCCUUCUACCUCCCCGAUGACCCUCAGGACUACGAGCUGCAUGAGAUCGGCGGCAUGCAGCGUCUCCACAGCGACGACAUCCUCAACCGUAACAGCGGUAGCUCUCUGAAGGACGGAGGUGACGCCUGGCACCUGAGGGCCAAACCCCGAGACGCUGAGGUCAUCAAGGUGUACACAGGCUGGCCCAGGUCGGGUGCAGCUUUCAUCUCCGUCCCCGUCUCUAAGAACAGCACGGCAGCUUCGGUCCUCACUGAGGUCCUCAGUCAGCUCGGCAGACAGGGGGAAGACGCGUCCAGCUUCAGCCUGCUGGAGGUCUGCAUGAGCAGCAAGCAAGUACAGAGACAGACGCUGACUCCUCAGGAGAAGAUUCUGGACAAGCUGCAGGAGAUCAGGAAGGUGUCUCUGCGUCACAUGAACCAGACUCGGUUUUACAUCGUGGAGAACAGGAACCGAGCGGUGCAGGUCAGCCUGCUGAUCGGAGGACUGCCCCCCCUGCUGACCAAAGAGGAGUACACCCAGCUGAUCCAGGAACACCUGACCGUCAAGAGUCACCUGGUCACCAUCAGCCACGUCUAUGCCAGUCAAGGUGCGGUGACGUUGCAGAUCUCGUGUUUCUCUGAAGCGGAGAGGAUCUACAUGUUGGCCAAAGACACGACUGUCGGCGACAAGACGCUCACUUCACUCGUCAUCCCAGAGAUCGUGCCCAACGAGCUGGGACAAGACGCCUGUCCCCUGCUGGUGUUUGUCAACCCAAAGAGCGGCGGUCUGAAGGGCAGAGAGCUUCUCUACAGCUUCCGGAAACUGCUGAACCCUCACCAGGUCUUCGACAUUUCCAACGGAGGACCGCUGGCUGGCCUCCAUACGUUCCGAGAGGUUCCCAGGUUUCGGGUCCUGGUCUGCGGGGGCGACGGGACGGUGGGCUGGGUGCUGGGAGUACUGGAGGCCAUCCGGCACAAACUGGUCUGUCGAGAGCCGCCCUUCGGCAUCGUGCCACUGGGAACAGGUAACGACUUGGCUCGUAUCCUGCGUUGGGGAGCAGGUUACAGCGGCGAGGACCCCCAUCACAUCCUGGUCUCUGUCGACGAGGCAGACGAGGUUCUGAUGGACCGAUGGACCAUCCUGCUGGACGCCCAGGACAUGUCUGAAGACUGCAAGGACAACAGCUUCCUGGAGCCACCCAAGAUUGUGCAGAUGAACAACUACUUUGGCCUCGGCAUCGACGCAGAGCUCAGCCUCGACUUCCACCAGGCCCGAGAGGACGAACCUGAUAAAUUCACCAGCAGGCUCCAUAACAAAGGGGUGUAUGUGAAGGUCGGCCUGCAGAAGAUCAGCUACAGCCGGAGUCUCCACAAAGAGCUGCAGCUGCAGGUGGACGCUCAGAACGUCCCAUUACCCAAUAUAGAGGGGCUGAUCUUCCUCAAUAUACCCAGUUGGGGUUCUGGUGCUGAUCUCUGGGGGUCAGAGGUCGAUGGUCGCCAUGGGAAGCCAAGCAUCGACGACGGCCUGCUGGAGGUGGUCGGGGUCAACGGGGUCGUCCACAUGGGCCAGGUGCAGAGCGGUAUGAGGUCAGGGAUUCGUAUUGCUCAGGGGAACUACAUCAGGCUGACUCUGAGCAAACCCAUACCUGUCCAGGUGGACGGAGAGCCGUGGAUCCAACCGCCAGGACACAUCAUCAUCUCUGCUGCUGGACCAAAGGUCCGGAUGCUGAGGAAGUCCAAGCACAAGCAGAAGAAGUCGUCUGCUGGUGCGAAGGACGGACGUUCUGAGAGUCCUUCCUCCAGAGACGGACACCGACCCACCUGAACAUCAGCGUCCUGACGUCUACCUGCUUCCUGCCGCACCUGGGAAGCCAUUUUGGUGCCAGCAGCCAGCUGGGAUUUCACUCACGCAGCUUUGUAGCGACGCUGAUGGGCCGCAGAUGGACUCGGAGUCUGAAGGAGGUUUAAUGUUUACAGCCUGCACACGGUGGGAGGAAGUCCUGGAUCGCCUCACGUUUGGACCGGUUGGGAUCACAUUUCAAUCCUGCUGACCAAGCGCUUAUCACUUACAGAGUUCACAGUAACCGAGGUUAAUAUUCAGCAACUAAAACUUUUUUACCUAACGCGCAAGAGUAACAAGUAAUAAUCGAUUCGUAAUAAGAUUUCUGCAUAGAUUAGCAAAGAGUUGAUAUUGAAUUUUUUCUCAGUAUGGAUAAGCUUCAAGUUUAACAAAAAAAAAUCUAGAAAAGUAUUUAACAGAAGUGACUGGAUAUGUACAGUAAGUAGCAGUAGACUCAUUGUCAGUUGAUAUAUUGUUAUAACUUUAGUUGUGUAAAAUACUGUGCAGCUAUAGAGUGAUUAUGACCUCAAAGUUGCUCAUAUUGUCAUUGGAGAAUAUGAAGACACUGAAUACUGAAGCACUCCUGAAGAGACUGACAGGCAGAUUCUUUCAGAAGCUGGAACCACAUUAUGUUUAUCUUAACUAGAAAUCUCCUGGGAUGCUGAACUGGCUUUCUUCUUCUUCUUCUCUUGUGUGAAAUCCUUUGGUAACGUUGGUUUUUUGACAACAGUUAUGUUGCGGCGAAGCUCUCUAAAAGCUACUGAGCGUGCAAAAUCAAACAGCACAUCCCCGAUUCUCUGAAACCACAGUGCCAGUUACGAAAUUUCGCAAGAGUCAAGGAGCUGAAUUCAAAAAUAAAAGUCACAUCAGCCUGAGCUGUGGCAAACUGUAAAGCCUGAAACACAGUUUGUAUUUCAGCAGCUGGAAAGUGUGUAGCUUUUACUUUGGCAACAACACCGACUGUAAAUAGGAUAUGUAUGUCUCCCGUCAGCGUUUCCAACGUCACCAAGUUUGCUUUGCCACAAAUAAUCAUCUUGUAAUAACAAAGAUUUCAAUUUUGAUCAAGAUCAAACUAGAUAAGAAUAUAACUUUUAAAAUAAAUCUUUUUUUAACUGGAGGCUCCAAAGAAAACCUUAAAAACACGAGCUGGUCAGACUGACACAAAAUCUGGCAGCUGCUAGCUGUGUCUGUUUUUUGUUUUUUUUAACUAAAAUUGAAUUUAGUUAAAUCGCCUUAACUACUUGAACUUGUCAUUCCUAGAUAAUGCAUUUUAGAUGAUGCAUCUUUCUAAAAGUUAGAAAAACUGGAAUGUAAAAGAAGAGAAGCUGUAGUAAAUAGUAGUACAUACUUUUUUUUUAUUGUUUAGCAUAUGGCUAAGCGAUCAUAUCAAAUGUGACCAAGUUAGCAACCUUAACAGUUUUGUUUUAAACAGUUGACUUUAAAAUUCGGACGGGUUGUUCUGAAACAUAAUUGUAAAAUCUGCCAAGAUACAUGUUUUUAUCAAAGACGUGCUGAAGCAGGAUAUUUUACAGCCAAACCAUUAAUCAAAAAAUGCUAAAGGAUACUGUUGGAAUGCUAACUACAGCAUUAGCAGAAACUAGCUUGUUAAAUUACCGUUAAUACGUUAGUUAAACGCUACUUUGUGUCUUUAUUUAGCUAACCGCUCUAGUCAAGUUAACGUUAUCAUCUUCUAGAAGAUCGAUCAUGUUGCAGAAGUGAGAGUUGACAUAUCUACUAGUCCAAAUGUCUUAUUUGCAAAACAUUAGCUAAAAAUAAAGUGACAUGCUACAGAUGGUGUUGUUGCUAAGUUAGAAGAUGUCACACGGUUUAAAAAAUUAACGUAUAGUCUUCCGUAUGACUACGAUAGAAACUGUGCUCUACAUUAUGUUUUCGGUUAAUGCUAAUAUGCUGAGCUAUGAUGGUUGACUGACUAACGGCAGUUAGCCUGUUGAGUCUUAAGUGCAUUUUAUUAAGCUGGGUUUAUGAAGACAUAGCUGAAGGGUGGCGGCGUCCAGUCACUCCAGUAACAUGACAAACAUGACAGUAAGCCCAAAAUUUAAGAGACAAAUCUCUGCUAUGAAUUCUUUUGUAAGGGACGUUUGUAAAUCCCUUUCCCCCCCAAAGCUAACUACAUGUUUAGAACCGAAAAGGACCAAACAUUGUAUGCCAUUGUGAUUAUAGGCAGCAAAUGACACUAGCUCUAGAAAACUAGCUACAUUUCUAGCUGCAUUAAGUACCAUUACUAGCUUGCAAGCUGGUUAGCCAAUUUACUGGAAAGCUAGCUAGCAUGCCAAAACUAAAUUAAAACAAAACUCAAGAAAUUUUUGGGGAAGAAAAUAAAAACAUAUAUCGAGGAUAUAAAUGUACUAAAAUGUGUGAACAAAAUGUGACACUUUGCGAUUACAGGUAGCACCAGACACUAGCUAGAAAACUAGCUACAUUACUAGCUAAACUAAACUAGAAACAUCACUAGUUUGGCGAACUAGUUAGCUAGUUUACGGGAGCGUAUAUAUGUUCGCUAACCCCCUAACCCUAGAACUUGGGAACAUAGGAAUGACCCCCUAGUUUACUAGCAAGCUAGCUAGCAAGCUAGAUUGCAAAACAAAACUUAAUUUGUAGAGUAAAUUGAAGGUUUAUUAAAAUGUACUAGAAGCUAGAAAACUAGCGUGGUCCUAGCUUGGCGAGCCAGUUGCCAAGCUAGCUAGCUUGGCAAAACAAAAUUAAUUUGAGGCAACAAAUUAUGUAAUUUAUGGGUAUUCAUUACUAAUAUGAGGGAACAAAAUUAUAUUUAUUAUAUAUAUAAUACAUUAUUACUUAUUUGAAGGAAUGAUUUGCAAUUUUAGGGUAAAAUUGCUCAAUUUAGGGAAUGAUUUAUCAAAAAUGUUCCUGAUACCUGCUGGGCUCGGUAUGUAACCGUGAAUGAGUUCAAAUGCUGGUUUCCUCCAGAGUAUGACUGCCCAAAAAUGAUCAAAACAGCAUUGCCAGGUGUAAAAUGUCUGAUAUGUUAUUCUAAACAGUAAUCUAAAUAAAUUUUACAUUUUAUUAUUUGAUUUCAGCACCAGUGCUGUUAUUGGUCAACAGCAGACAACUGUAGAUGCAAAAGCCUGCAUGAGUGUAUUUGGCUGCCUCCAGCGUUGCCAAAGAUCGCUGUUCCAUUCAAAUGAAUGAAUAAAUUUGGUGCAAAGUCAUUCUGUCAUAAUAAAAACACAACACAGAGACCAAACUGAGCUCCGCUCCCGAAAACCCUAAAGCAAACCCGUCAAAGAUGAGCUUCAGCUGCCAGUUUAUACUCCGACAGCCUCCGGCAAAAAGACAGAGGAGGAUUUUAUGAACUUCGUCCACAUUCCCAGAGACGCAGAACACGAAGAAACGCAGUCUGUAAAGGACGGUUUCUGGACCAGACGAGGGAUCUUACGCUGAAGGUCCCGGCUCUUGAUGUAGCCACAACAGUAUUGGAUCCCUGUACUUUAGUUGUAAUAUUUUUUUAAAAUCCAAGAUCUGCAUUAGCUGAUUCAUUUUGUUGUUGUUUUUUUGGUGCUAGAAGGUAAAUAAUAUGUUUUUAGUUUUGUGUUUGACUUGAGAUUCAAGGAUCCGGUUUUUAUUCAAAGCCUCAAACCAAGUUCAUCCAAAAUGUCGCUUUCGUUAAAGGCAUUUUUACAGGAGGACUAAUGGCAGGAACUGGAGCUUUAGGUUGUUUUUUUAAUGCACAUGGAUUCAUUCCAGAUGGCUGCAUUUAAUGAAUUUAACAAAUAUAGAUCGCAGCACAGGUUUCUGGCUUCGAGUGAACGUGGAUCUGAGAAUGAGUGCUGAUACAUCAGUGGCAUUAACUGUUAGUUUUCUUUGACUGUGGAGUAAACCGUUGAGCUUCAUCAGUAUCAGAGGAGCUGAAGUGUUUCCUGCAGCCGACGCUGUGUGUACUGACAGUAGGAUGUAGCUGUGAGUAGUUUAGACUGUACAGAUACUGUCAGUGUUUUAUUACAUGCAUGAAGUACUGUAGUUCUGCGUGGUGUGUAUUUACAGCAGCGUUUUAUCUCCUCUUUGUUCCCACUAACGAGUCCGUCUGUCCGCUGCAACAACUAACUGUGUAAACUUCACCUUCCUGCUGAUCAUCAUCAUCCUAAAGUUUUUAGAAUGACUUCCUUCUACCGGCUUCACUUCAUUUCUGUGAAAAUCAACUUGCAGAAACGUUUCAAUGUUUGUUUUUGAAAGCUAAAUCUUUGGUGAUGCGUUUAAGAUGCUCCACCGUCUGAGAGCUGAUAGUCUGUUUUGUCAAGUCUGUUCAAAGACAGGGAGUUAUAGUUUAUAUAGCAAACAUCGUGUAAAUAGUAAUUACCUUAUUUCUGCAUUAGAAAGGUUGCGGUAAACUGUAAAUUCUCAUUGUCCUUAAAUGCACCAAAGGUUUUUAAAGAAGUAUUCCCAUGAGAUGAUGUGGAGGCCCUGAAGUCCCGAAAGAUUGUAUUUCUUUUGUUGGCAGGAUGUGAAAAUGACAUCUUUUAGGACUUUGUGGCUUUAUAAUAUGAUGAUAUAACUGUGAUAAAAGCAGAAAGUGACAGAAGUUGAGUGUGAUGGGUCCGCAGGUUGAUUUUGAUAGAAAUGAACUGAAAUCGACCUGAAAGUCGAUGAUGUGAUUUGCAGGAAUAUGAAGUUUGCUGUUAGCAGCUCGUCCUCAGACCAGAGAGCUUCCUGUUCCUCAGCUGAAGAUCGACUCAUUAAAGUGCGUUCAGCCUCUCGCGACUUAAACACGGUCCAGGCUGAAGACAUGAGUAACAACUCGUUUGGUUAAUUUUGGAAAAUAACGUCAGACGCUUACAGAACAAAGUUCAGGAACAGAACAGGUGGGAAGCUACGCUCAUGCUCUGAUGGUGCACAAAUUAACAAUCUGAAGCUACGGUUUUAUUAAUUAAACGCUACGUUGCUAUGGCUCGCAUCAAAAGGAAAUAUUCUACAUGUGCACUUUUGGAUUGGCUAGAAUUUAAACUAAAGUUUUAGUUUCAGAGACUAAAAUGCUUUUUUAUUCGUGCGCUUUUAUUUGAGCAGCUGAAAACAUUUCCUCCUGCGUCCAAAACAGUAAAAGUCAGAACGCCUUAAUUUAUUUUUCUCUCAACAACCUGCAUCGAUGCCACAAACUACUUUCAUUUGUUGCUGAAUGUUAAAAAUGUGCUUCAAUGUGAUAAUUUUCUGCUUCUCUGCGUCCGUCGUGCCUCCUAGCGCCCGACUUACCUGCCGUCGUUAAGCCCCGCCCGUCUGAAACCAGGCCAGGUGGCGGUUUGGUCUGCAGGGCGGAGUCUGCAUAGUGCCUCAUCGAAACGCUUCGACACCCUCAGUGCUCUGAUGUUAACGUGUGUGUUAACGUGUGUGUGUGUGUGUUUCCUGCCGGUGCAGUGGCGUGCUGAGCUGAGGUGCCUCCAGUUAGAUCUGUCUUUUCUUUUGCUGGAACUGUGUUCAGUUUCUACCUGAAGUUUGAUUGAACAGAUGAUUUGUAUAUUUUUGCAGACAGAAGCUGUUUUUUGUUGUUUUUUUUUAGUAAAGUUUUAACUGUAAAUUGCACUUAUUGUUUUACAGAUGCUUAGAUGUGACGUUCAGGUUAUUAUGAAUGUUGUAACAACUAAAGCUAAACAUAUAUAUAUAUAUAUAUAUAUGUUUAAAUAAUUGAUUCUUAUAUGUGUUUAAUCAGAAUAAACUAAAGACCAUCUAAGAACUAAAGACA